AUGGGGACCGUGGUUUCGACGUCAGCAUAUAUCUUGGACCCCUAUCGUGAGAUGAGCUCCGAGAUCUUCAUCAUCACCAGGGUCAUGAAAAAUUUUCUCUUUUUCGGCUUCAGCUUCUUCAUCAACAACUGGUUAGCUCGAUCCGGUGUCAAAGAGGUGUACUACAUAUUUGGAGCCACCACUUUCGGCAUCAUGAUCCCACUUCCAAUUCUGUAUGUUUUUGGAAAGCGUUACCGUGGUUACUGGUCUCGCCAUAAUUUGGUCAAAAAGCUCAAUAUCAUCACUCAUAGCGAAUGA